AAAGCGUUUGUUGAAAUGAACAGCAUUGAAGAAGUCARUUCGSCCCUUGGUGAAUUUCUGGUUGACUUACUCUCCGAAAAAUCAAAUAUGAGCAGUGACGAAGAAGGCCUAAGCUGUUUCAGCAUGGGCCUCAGUGAUAGCGACAUCAGUCUCAGCAGCGACGAAGAAGGUGGAUAUUGCCGGAAUGAUUUAAGGAAGGGAAAGAGCUCUAAAGUAGAGACAGAGCCGACUGAAAACGYGAAUGCGAAAAUGAACAGCAACAAAAGCAAACACAGUCGUCGUCGUCGGCAGCGCUGCUCCAAAAGCAUGGAUCAUCCGAAAACACAUCCACAGAGGUCGUGUAAGGCAAUUAUAAAAGUCCCUAUCACCCAGGACAAUGCRCGAAUUGUCCGCUCGCGUAGCACUCCUUUGCUUAACAAGAACACCAGGAAURAASCGUCUGCCCACUCGUACUCCUCCUCAUAUUCRGUAUCAAAUUCGACCACGACCAUGGGCAGCAGGAAUAGCAUCACCAAUACCAGUAUUAWCAAAUGGAGGAGCAGCAAGCAACAGAAGAAUCGUCCACGGUGCUUGUCCUUCCGGGAUCAUAAUAAUCGCCACCGUGAUUCCAGAUGGUCCAACAACAGCGUUCUGACCAAGAGACUGGCCAAAACCCGGAGUUGUGACCUUGGAAUGGGAUCUGGAUCUCUGCACAAAACCGUUAGUUUUGAYCUCAGCGUUGAAUCUGACUCUAUACAAAAACAAAAGACCCAAUGGUCCAAGAAGAGCAACUUGAAAAAGAAUAGCAGCAAUAAUCUCAGUAKGAAGAAAACAACGCCCUUUCCGACAACAACUUCUACCAUCGAUUCUGUGGUGGCUCUAGUGACAAGAUCUGCGAUAUCGGACGAUGAUGAUUCUUACGAACCUCGUGAGUUUUAUGGAGACGAGGAUUCCUUCUCCACACCUUCGAUAACAUCCUGCGRAACCUCGACAUCCUUCGCAAGCACUAUCAACACCAGGAAUGACACAUUCAUGUUCCAUCGCAACAAUCCCAGACCUUCUACCAGGAAAUCGUUUCCAGGAGGAGAUUCUCAAUGUAUGCCCCAAAUGCCCCAAAGGACAAAGGAUGGUAUAUUUUUUGACGYGAAGAAAGCUCAUCAACGCUCUCUGUCAGACGAUUGUUCUUGGUUUUCYUCCUCCCAGCAUACUGGGGACAGCGAUUCUUUUGGUAUAAAGAGCAGAAACAAGAAGAGAGGGGCGAUCCUUCGCUCUCAAUCGACUUCUGACUCCCUGGGUCGCUGGGCUGCCAUGGCCACCACMAGGGGCUUCGACGGCCCCAGAGCUGAUUCAAAURAUACAACUCUUCACCACUACCUAGCUCCGCCACGCCGGGUUCCGAGCGGCAGUGGACAUAAAAAAGGGGUUUUCAUUUCCAGUGAUGUGGAAGAAAGCACUGACGAUGACGAUAGCUUUAUGGAKKCUUCUUUGACGGAUGAGAGAGUUGUCAUAUCUCCCCAUCAAGCUACAUCGUUUGGCGUGUCCAUCAAGGCCRGYGAUGCGGAAAGCUUGAAGAUUCUCCUUGCAGGAACCAUGCGUUCAUCGGGCAAAGAAUUGAACCCUCGGGAUUCUCUGCGGGAAUAGCGACAACUGCAUGCAGCUACGGUAUCACCAUGACAUAAACGCACCGUCGUCUA